UUGUCCAUAUUAAUCCCCCACCCCCACUUGUGACACACUUGCAUGCACGUCGUCAAUAUCAUUUGUUAAUCCGUGAACACACUUAUGGAGAUAUUAUGCACCAUUUGACUAACUCCGUCGCAUUUCAUAGUGCAUCAAUCAUCUCUUCACUAUCUCUAUGGAUUCUAUUUCCCCUGUGUUCCUGAGUUUUAGAGAGGAGGACACCGGUAGGACUUUUGUAAGUCAUCUCUACCGUUCGUUGGAUCAAAAACAAAUCCAAACUAACAAAGAUGAAAACCAGCAGACGACGACGAGAGACGGAAGGAUAUCACCUGAGGUCGUUAAGGCAAUCAGAGAGUCAAAGAUUGCCGUCGUUGUGAUAUCGGAGAACUACGCCUCUUCCGUCUGGUGCUUGGACGUACUCGCGGAGAUUAUCGAGUUUUUUUGGAUCUUUGAAAUCAAAACAGUUUUUUACGAAGUGGAUCCGGGGGAUUUGACAAGACCAUCGGGAAAAUUCGCCGACGAUUUUAGGAGACAUGAAGAGAGAGAAACUCCGGAGACUGUGAAUCGCUGGAGGAAUGCAAUGGAGCGCUUAUUAGAGGAGAGCCGCACCACCGACUCUAGGUUUUGCUCCCUCGAUUGGGAGGAUGAUUCCAAGAUGCUCGAUGCUCUUAUCGCCAACAUUACUCAUCUUCUGUUUGACUCUAUAUAUGCGAAAGAGUAUUCUGAAGAAUCAGCCACCAGGCAUUCGACAGGUGACCGAGGCUCGAGCGAUUUGAGACUGAUGAGCGAUAUCUAUAUGAAGCACAUACCCAAAAGUUUGCAUGGGUCAGGAGAAACUGGACUUGGACUUGAGAGAUAUGCACACCUAGACACGUCUCUUACAGAAGAUAUGUCGAAUGAACAGCCUUCUCCAGCAUCUGACGACCCCAACGGUCUUGUUGGGAUGUAUCGUCAUAAGAAAGCGGUCUAUGGCUUAUUGGAUUUGGAAUCUACGAACCUUGUCCGUACAGUUGGCAUUUUGGGUACCCAAGGAGUUGGCAAAUCGACACUUGCGGAAUGUGUUCUCGACGACAUUUCAUGCCACUUUCAACACCACUGCUUCCUAACCAAUGUCAACAAAAUCUAUCAAAACCGUAUCUCACCAAGUUUACUAAAGCAUCUUCCAGGGACAAGGAUGUCCAAUGUCGACAUCUUCGAUGCCAUCAAAUCAAGUCUUGUAAACCGAAAGGUCCUGCUUGUUAUUGAUGGUGUUGAUGAUACUGACAAUGAACAAUUUAAGAGUGCCGUGAAAGUUUCCCGCUGGCUUGGUCCUGGAAGUAGGGUUAUCAUGACAUCAAGAUUCGAUCAUUCUCUUACCUUAUGUGGGGUAAAAUACGAGCUGGAGUGUUUGAGAUAUGAGGAAGCUCUUCAACUCUUCUCCCUAUACGCUUUCAAGAGGACCUACCCUCUUAUUGGUUUUGAACCGUUCUCCAUUCGUGCUGUUCACUUUGCUGGGCGUCUUCCUCUAGCCCUCAGAGUACUUGGUUCAUUUUUAUAUGAUAAAGACAAAGAGAGUUGGAAAAGAACAUUGCGCAAGCUCGAAGCAUCCCAAGAUCACGGUAGCUGCCUGGUAUCUAACUACAUCGGGACAGGUGAAUACCUUCCAAGACGUCAAAUAGAAUUGGAACAAUAUGUAGGAGCAGAUGAAGGAGAAUAUUCACCUUCAUAUCUCAUGUUGCUUUGACAAUCAAAGUGUUUACCAUGUUCUAAACCUACUCAAAAUAUUCGGUGGAUGUGCCAAAUACAAUAACAGUGAUGUUUCUGUUAUCUAUGUUGAUAGCUCAUUACAUAGCAGCAUCUAUGCACAGCAUCUAUGCAAAAGUUAAUUUGAAUUCUUCAAGUUUGAAUUGU